AUGACUGUGAACAGGCCGGACGAGCUCCCGCACAUUCCUGCCAUCACUUUGGAAUGUAUAAUGGAUGUCGUAACAUGUUUCAUGUAUGACGGCACACCUCACGUGCAUACUGUUACUCCAGUCACAACUAAAGCUGCAUUCAUAAUUCUGCUCUUGCAUAAUCUGCAGAACCACAGUCCUGCUUGCUGCAGGGAGCAGCAGCCUUCAGCAUGUGGGCACAGCACUACUCCUGGAGCCUGGAGGCUCCUUCUCCCACCAAACAACUUUUCCGACUGCCUCAAUGGUACGGCCUGGGUGUGGAACGUGUUCAAUGAGUGCGCGGCGGACGGCCGGGAUCUCGCCAGCGUCUGCCUGGGCCUUGUCUCCAUCUUGUGUUUCGUAGCUUCCACCUUCCCACAAGUGUACAAAUCCUGUAAGACCGGGAACAUGGACCGGGCGCUGUCCGUCUGGUUCCUCUUGGGGUGGCUGGCCGGGGACUCCUGUAACUUUGUGGCGUUACUGUCCCAUCAGCUGCCCAUACAGACGUACACGGCGGUUUAUUACGUGUUGGUUGACCUCUUCAUGUGUUCUCUGUAUGUGUACUACAAGUACCGGAACCAGGACCUGAGCACGGCUGUCAGGAUAAACGCAGUCUGUGGAUUCGCUCUGUUCCGGUUCUGCUGCUUUGCUGCCUUUGAUGGGUGGUCCGGCUGCGGCAGACGACUCCACCAUAGUGGGCACCAGACGUCUCCUUUCAGCACCCAGGAGAUCGUCGGAUGUGUGAUCGGGUCCAUCUCAUCCCUGUUCUACCUCUGCUCUCGGGUCCCUCAGAUCAUUACUAAUUUCCGGAGAAGAUCCACUAAAGGACUGGCGGUGGUCCUCUUCGUCAUGGUCAUACUGGGCAACCUGACCUACGGCCUCAGCCUCCUCCUGAAGGACCCAGCAGGGCAGUCUGAAGUCAACUACAUUGAGCAUCACCUUCCGUGCUGA